AUGAGUAACCAUGCUUUAUUUAUCAAACUCGGCCGUGACACUAAUCCUGUUUACGCUACUAAUCUCAUAACUAAUUACAUUUCCUCUGGUUUUCCCAACUCUCUUAACAUUGCACACAAGGUGUUCGACCAAGUGCCUCACAAAGACACAACCUUAUGGACAACUCUCAUAUCAUCAUACACUCGCUCCAAUCAACCCCACAAAGCCCUUCAUCUCUUCUCCAACAUGAUCCAUCAGGCCCAUUCAAACCCGCAAGCCCGGCCCAAUCACUUUAUCUUCACAACUAUUGUCAGUGCCAUUGGUUCUGCUCCAAAACAUCUUGUUUUAGGACAAAAUUUACAUGCCCAUGUUGUAAAAUCUGGAUUCAUUACUGGGAAUAUCAUUGUUGAGACCGCGUUUUUAAACUUGUAUGCGAAAUGUGGGGUUCUUGAAUGUGCACGGAAGGUGUUCGAUGAAAUGUUUGAAAGAAAUUUGGUGACGUGGAACGCGGUGAUUUCUGGGUAUGUUCAGAAUGGAGAGGUGUGUGAAGGCUUGGAGUUGUUUUAUCGAAUGAAAUGUAGAGAAUUUUACGUGCCUGAUGAGUAUAGCGUUGCCACGGUUUUAUCGGGCUGUGGGUAUGUACAAGAUUUAAUUUUGGGGAUGCAAGUUCAUGGUUAUGCAAUUGUUAGUGGGUUUGAGUUAAGUUGUAGAAAUUCACUUGCUAACAUGUAUUUUUAUUGUAGUAGAGUUGAAUCGGCGGAGAAAGUAUUUGUUGGAUUAGAGAGGGAUCUUGUUUCCAAGCUUGUAAAGAUAAGGGGUUAUGUAUUUAAUCAUAUGUAUGAUGAAGCCGUGAUGUACAUUUUGUCGAUGGAGAAUGCUGUUGAGAUUUUACUUACGGAUCAUACUAUAUUCGUGCCUCUGUUAACUACUUGCGCUAAGAUGCAUUUGCUCGAUGCUGGGAAGCAAGUCCAUGGUCUCUUUAUCACUUUGGUGGAUUCAUGUAACACUGCUCAAGAGAGCAGAGCGAUUAUUGGUAGUGCACUCAUAGACAUGUACAGCAAGUGCUGUGAUAUUGGUAAAGCGCGAAAAGCUUUUGAAAGUUGGCUACCUGAACGACACAUUCCACUGUGGAAUUCUUUGUUAUCUGGUUAUAUUAAUAAUGGACUCAUCGAAGAUGCUAAGGCAUUCUUUGAGGAUAUGCCCGAGAAAACUAUUGUUUCUUGGACUAGCAUGAUGACAGGGUAUGUGCAAAAGGAUUUGCCCCAAGAAUGCUUAAAUUUAUUGGCUAAGAUGUAUUCUGGAGAAGAAGGAUCUAGGCUAGAAGGAAACUGCUUGACCUUUGUGGUGGCUCUUGAAGCAUGUUCCCAUCUAACAGAUUUGGACAAAGGAAAGCAAAUACAUGCGAAAAUUAUUAGAGCGUUACCGGAUGCAGAUGACAAUGUGGCUGUUGGUACAGCUUUAGUUGACAUGUAUUCAAAAUCGGGUAACUUGUGUUACACGCUACGACUUUUUGAUGCAAUGGAAGAGAAAAAUGUUGUUUCUUGGACUUCUGCAAUCCUGGGAUUUGCUGUUCAUGGAUUUGCCUUCCAAGCCCUUGAACUUUUUCAGCGUAUGGUAAACAUGGGAAUUAAGCCCAAUGAAGUGACAUUUAUUGCAGUAUUAACUGCUUGCCGUCAUUGUGGUUUAGUCGACGAGGGAAUGCAAUAUUUUACGCAACUGAGGGAGCGGUAUGGUUUGAUCCCCGAUGAAGAACACUAUACAUGUCUAAUUGAUUUAUUGGGACGUAACGGGAGGCUUGAGGAAGCAUGGCAUUUGGUGGAAGAAAUGGACGAGAAUCAUCUAAGUGAUAGGUGCUCUACUGGUGCUAUUUGGGCUGCACUUCUAGGGGCCUGUCAGUUGUAUGAAAACGUCGAAAUUGGAAAAAAGGUAGCUGAAAAGAUGAUGGAAAAGGAGAACCAGGUUUCCACUGCCUCUGUUGCGCUAUCUAAUGUUUAUGCGGCAGCUGGGAUGUGGAAUGAAGUGUACGGAGUGAGAGAGAGUUGGAGAAAAAAAGGUCAUGCUGAUGGAGAGCCUGGUCUUAGCCGCAUAUUCACACAACCUCGUUAA